AUGGCAUGCCGCGGCAGCCAGAUUCUUGCGAGGACACCACGGGAUCUGUGCGUCGUCGUCCUUCUUCCCCUGACGGCGCUGCUUCUCCACGCGGUGCCCGGGGCGGCGUCUGGCUCGGUCCCAGGCCGGUAUCGCUCGGGGAAUCCCGAUGAGGCACGUCCUGUCGAGAAAGGAGCUCCAGCAACCAACGAUGUUCGCGAGGAGAUGAUGGAUCCGGCGCAGAGUGAAGCUAAUGUUGUGGGCCACGGGCCGGGGACCUCAUUCCCGUGGCAAGUGGAACAACUCGCCAGGGACAGGGAGAUAGGACGAGUCUCUGAGGCAGCUCCGUGGCACGGCAUGCAGGCAGCUAGGAGUCUCACACCUCCUUUCAUGGACAGGAAAAUACGUAGGUCCUCCAAGCUCCACUCUCUGGACAACACGGCCGUAGUGCACCGUCCACCGCCUCGUUCGUGGGCCGGCACUGGCUGUUCCCAGCCCCCACCCAACCCUACCGUAGUCGUUGGUAUCGUCGGUGGGGCGGUCACCUUCUUCCUGGUGGUCGUGCUGACCAUUGUGUACUGUUCCUACCGCAAUCACCCACCUGCCGACACCAGGAAGAGGCUGGCGGAGAUGUACGCCUACAUGAGAGGGCUAGAAGAAGUGUGGGUGGGCGUGGCCAGCCCUGCGACCAACUUCAAAACUGAAUGUGUGAAGCACCAUGAUUAUGGAAAGAUUGGUAAAGGACACGUGAUUGCAUAAACAGACUUUUAACAAUGAACUUUAAAAGUGUCAUGCCAUCACAGAUGGUACAACGGAGACCCGUAAAUAAGGCCGAGGCACGUGGCGUUCUAGGGAAGGGACACAGCAUGGCUAUACCGUUUCCUCGUUCCAGUCCAUAAAUGAAGACAGCACACGUUUAAUAUGACGCGUGGCAAACUCCUGUGUCCAGUGUUGUUUAAGACUGAAGAGAGCUGAAUUCAGAGAGAGUAGCGCUACCUUCAGACUUUAGAACCAAAAUAGCCGUUCUUGAUCCGUGCGGUACAGCAUGCAGCUUUGUGUGCUAAAUUGUCGCAUGAUCCACCAUGCCGGUUCUAACAACUGAGACACCCAUGUAGCAUUAGGCCUACAAGGAGCUCUGGGACAGAAUGAUCUUCCAUGUCAUCUUUCGAUAUAUUGUCCCGUGAAAUUAUGUUUUCAACAAUAUAAUAAUGAUAAAUUCUUUAAAGUUUUAUUUGUAAGUUGGUUGGAGAGGUAUGUAGUUGCUUCAUGCAAGGGUAGUCUUUUUUCAAGUAUGUGUGGUUCUGAAAAGAACCGGAGGACCAUAUACUCAAAGAGAUGUCCUUGCGUAGUGCUACCACAAACCUCUCUAACCGACUUGAAAUCUUCACCAUGAAAAGCUUCCAAGCUCAGUUUUAUUUUUGGCUGUGUAUUGUGCCUUGUUCUUAAGCUGUGGGUCUCACUUGUAAAAAUCGGAACCAAGACAUGUGUAAAAAAGAAAUUAAAAUAUACGAAAAAAAAUUUUAUCCGGCCUUUUUCUCGUAUGAUGUUAUUAAUGGGGAUUAUGUGAUCGCAAUAUCAAAUUAGAUACAGAAUCGGAAGCAAUUUGACAAACGGUAAAGCGCACAUCCGAACCCAACCGAUAUACUUUGAUAUAACAUCCACACCGUGGCGUAACAGAUGGGCUCG